AGAGACCGUAUAGACAUGAUAGAAUUGCAGAUGGUCUCAACAUCACUGAAGAAAUGCUGAGGCCUGAAUCGGUGGCAAGACAAAUUAAUGAUCAGAUUUCUCUUGCAAAGGCAAUUCUUGUAAUUGCAAAAGAAAGCAACAACCUUCAAUUUGCAUGGGAACUAAGUGCUCAAAUACGCAACUCACAGAUGCUUCUUUCUAAUGCUGCUUCUAGAAGAAGUCCCUUGACAAACAGAGAAUCAGAAACUGCAAUUCGAGAUAUGGCACUUCUGCUCUACCAAGCACAGCAACUUCACUAUGACAGUGCAACCAUGUUUAUGAGACUGAAAGCUAAAAUCCAAAGCCUUGAAGAACAGACGAAUUCCUUCAGUGAGAAGAGUUCAAAAUAUGGACAAAUUGCUGCUGAAGAAGUCCCCAAAAGUCUAUACUGCCUUGGCGUCCGGCUAACAGCUGAAUGGUUCAGAAGUUCCAAUUUGCAGAAAAAACUCAAGGAAGAAAAGCUAGCAGCUGCCAAACUUGUGGACACAGGUUUGUAUCAUUUCUGUGUAUUCUCGGACAACAUCCUUGCAACUUCAGUUGUGGUGAAUUCAACGGCUAUGAAUUCCAAGAAUCCUGAUAUGGUGGUCUUCCACCUUGUAACGGACGAGGUGAACUAUGCUGCAAUGAAGGCAUGGUUCGCCAUGAACAGUUUCCGAGGAGUGACUGUUGAUGUACAAAAGAUAGAAGACUUUAGUUGGUUAAAUGCUUCGUAUGUACCUGUUCUCAAACAACUUCAAGACUCUGACACCCAGAACUACUACUUUUCUGGCAACCAUGAUAACAGUCGAACUCCAAUCAAGUUCAGAAACCCUAAAUAUCUAUCGAUGCUUAACCAUCUGAGAUUCUAUAUCCCAGAAGUUUUUCCUGCACUUAAGAAGGUUCUAUUUCUUGAUGAUGAUGUUGUAGUGCAGAAGGAUCUUUCACCCCUAUUUUCCACAGACUUGAAUGGCAAUGUAAAUGGUGCAGUGGAGACAUGUAUGGAGACAUUCCAUAGAUAUCACAAGUACCUAAAUUAUUCUCACCCACUUAUUCGUCAACAUUUUGAUCCUGAUGCGUGUGGGUGGGCCUUUGGGAUGAAUGUUUUCGACUUGGUUGAGUGGCGAAAAAGGAAUGUUACUGGCAUAUACCAUUACUGGCAGGAAAAGAACGUGGACCGCACUUUGUGGAAGCUUGGCACUUUACCACCAGGACUGCUGACCUUCUAUGGAUUGACAGAGGCUUUGAAUCCUUCAUGGCAUGUCUUAGGUUUUGGUUACACGAAUGUUGAUUCCAAAUUGGUAGAAAAGGGAGCUGUGCUGCACUUUAAUGGUAACUCAAAACCCUGGUUGAAGAUUGGAAUUGAGAAGUACAAGCCGCUCUGGGACAAAUAUGUUGAUUAUGGUCAUCCUUUAUUACAACAAUGUAAUUUUCAUUAAGUUGGUUUUUGUUUAAUUUAUCAUAGGUUUGACAGAAGUAAGUUUAUCAUUCUAGAUAUCUGAUAAGUUCUACUAUUGUCAUCUCUGUGGUUAUUCCAAUUUGUUGUAGUAUAUGUUUGCAACAAACAUCAAGGGCAUUAGUAUUCUAUCAUCCAGAAAUGGAUAAAGUUUCAUGUUGUA